AUGAAUCCUCCACUCCAUGUUCCCUUUGAGAGUGGCGAGAGGAGCGAGAAAAGGGAGUGGAGAGAGGAGCGAGAAAAGAGCGUAGAGAGGUGCGAGAAAAGAGAGUGGCGAGAAAAGAGAGGAGCGAGAAAAGAGAGGAGCGAUAAAAGAGAGGAGCGAGAAAAGAGAGGAGCGAGAGGAGCGAUAAAAGAGCGUAGAGAGGAGCGAGAAAAGAGAGUGGCGAGAGGAGCGAGAAAAGAGCGGAGAGAGGAGCGAGAAAAGGGAGGUGCGAGAAAAGGGAGGAGCGAGAAAAGAGCGAGAAAAGAGAGGAGCGAGAAAAGAGAGUGGCGAGAGGCGCGAGAAAAGAGCGGAGAAAGGAGCGAGAAAAGGGAGCUGCGAGAAAAGGGAGGAGUGAGAAAAGGGAGGAGCGAGAAAAGAGAGGUGCGAGAAAAGAGGAGCGAGAAAAGAGAGUGGCGAGAGGAGCGAGAAAAGAGUGAAGAGAGGAGCGAGAAAAGGGAGGAGCGAGAAAAGGGAGGAGCGAGAGGAGCGAGAAAAGAGAGGAGAGAGAAAAGAGAGGUGCGAGAAAAGAGAGGAGCGAUAAAAGAGAGGAGUGAUAAAAGAGAGGGGCGAGAAUAG